GCAAGAGCACAAACACUGAAAAAUAGUGCACAGACUGCUAUCGUUGCAGCGGCAAACUGCGAGAAUUGGGACAUCCUCAUGAUAUUCUUGAUGAUACCCUAUACUCUCCUGGAUGAUGAACCAAACCUAUUGUCAGUCAUAGAGAUGGUGGAUAAAAGCGAAACACUUAGGUCAAAGUGGUGUAUGCAUAUAGAUGUACUAAGCUCAGUGUGGAGACAUUCAAAACAGAAGAUUCUCGACAGUACAGACAAAAGAGUCCCAAACACCUUGGUACAGCUGGCAGCAGAACUCAACAUGUGGUCACGUGUCUGUGAUCUUUUCGUCACCAAGCCUGACCUGAACCUUCUUGACAGGGAUGGUCUCUCAGUCCUGCACAGACUCAUCAUGUGUCCUGACAGCAGGUUUGACUCUCUUCUUCCGGUUCUUCUGGAAAAUGGCGCCGACUUCAACCUGAAAACAAAGAAAGGAGAAACGGUACUUCAUAUAGCGGCUAAAUAUCAAAAGGUUGAAUAUGUUUCUGAGUGUGUACAACAAGUGGACACAAAGGACUGUGAACGUUUAACGCCAAAGAUUGUUAGUACAUAUCACAUUAAGUGUGCGAAGUCAAAACAACAGAUGGUAUCAAAACUUAUAGAUAUGUGCCAUGAACUCGAUGAUUGUGAUCAUCUGGGGAACACGCCUGUCAUCUUAGCUGCAGAGAACAACAACGAAGGGUUGCUGAGGCUCUUGCUGGAACAUGGCGCUCGAACGGAUCUUGUCGACGAAGAACAGAGGUCAGUGCUGCAUGUUCUCGCUCUCAAGGGAUCUUCCAUGGUUUUUGAUACUUGCACAACCUUGAUCUCUCUGUGUGUGAACAACGGUGUUCAGAUGAACAACUUAGACAUAAAUGGAUUGACUGCACUUCACCUAGCCGUGAAGUCUCACAACUGGACGUUCAUGAAAUCGUUGGUUAAUUUUGGAGCAGACACAGGACGACCUGAUGGUGAAGGCUACAAUGUUUUACACAGGCUCGCCAUGACUUCAGCAGAACAACUAGAUAAUGUCUGUCAACUUUUUGAUCUUCUUCAUCAGCGAGGGUGUGAUCUGAACGCUGAGUGUCGGGCAGGUAACACCGUUUUGCACCUGGCGGCAAUGACUGAAAACUUGAAACUAGUCAAGCACCUUACAGAGUUUGGUACUCGCUUGGAUCGGUGUAACAGACAGGGUUUCACAAUUCUACAUCUUCUUGCUAUAUAUAAGCUUCGACCUCCUCAAGAUGGCCGGAGUUCACCUGAUGAGGUCUGUGAGAAGCAUUGCACAGAGUUAUUAUCAGUCAUUGAUAUCUUACUUGACAAAGGAGUAGACUUGGAGCUUCGCUCCUCGAGUGGCGACACAGCGCUUCACCUGGCGGCGAAAGACCACAACUGGACAGUGUUCACACAUUUGCUUCAGAAAGGAGCAAAGAUUCAAGAGGAUGUGACUGACAAAAUCACCCUUAUCGAAAGAGUUGCUGAAAGCAGCAUGGCAGUCAAUGAGCAACUCUACAUUUUUAGCUAUCUUAUUCGACACUGUGCCUUGCAAAAUACACGAAAUCUUCAUGGUGACACGGUCCUGCAAGUUGCCGCCAAACACGAGCAAUGGAUGAUCGUCGAGCAUUUUCUCAGACACCUGGGGGGCAACGCAGACGAGAAAGACAGCGAGGGAUUCACUAUUCUCGAUAGAAUGGCCAUGAGUACAGGUAGGGUAUUCAAAGAAGGGUGGUGUCAAUCCUAUGUCAUAUAUUUUAUAAAACGUUCGAGACCUCGGAGCAGUGUAGAACUCAUUCGUCUCACUGAUAUGGCUGCCAGAGCAGGGAAUGUAGACGUACUAAGGCAGCUGAUAGACAGUCUUGAGGACGUCAACAUGACAGAUGGCGAGGGGUUCACAGUUCUUCACAGAGUAGCCCAGUUCUGUGUUACAAAACCAGCGGUUGUAAUUCAACGUCUUGUCGAGAAAGGAGCUGAUGUCGACAAGCAGUGCCCUCAUGGUGACACUGCUCUCCAUCUCGCGGCUAAAAACAACAACUGGCUGGCUGUCUGGCACCUUCUGGAGCAUGGAGCUAGUGUCAGUGGUCUCGAUAACGAAGGCUUGUCAGUUCUACACAGACUUGUAGGCCAUCCACAUUUACGGUGCAAACAAUGCAAACAGAGUCCGGCUGCUGAGAAGCCAUUAUCCUUAGCCGCCGCUAUUUUGUCCAAAGCUAAAAAGGAUUUGGUUAAUCAGAAAGAUUCUCAGUUUAAUACCCCACUACAUCUUGCUUUCAAAUAUGGACACUGGGACAUGGUGACAGAGCUGUUGGGUAGAGGAGCAUGCCUGAGCGAACGAGAUUCCGAAGGAUGUACUGUCCUGCACAUUCUCGCCAAGCGUGAUAACUCCAACUAUAAAGAAACUGUUAAACUCCAGGAUAACGAAACUCCAAACUCCGAGGCAACUAAAAGCGAAGGCAGGAACUCAGGGGAUGAGUGUGUGGCUUGUUGCAUCGACACUGAAAGAGGAGUUCGAUUUAAUUUUUUCUUUUCCAUACUCGCAAAACAAAAUAUUACUCAUCUUGACAUGUGCGACAUAGUAGUGGAUCACACAAAGAUCACAGACAGGUGUGAUAACUAUGGCAACACAGCACUGAUUCUGUCGGCAAAAUACAAUAACUGGGACAUCACAGAGCGACUUGUCAUCAAAGGAGCAAACACGCGCAUUCUGGAUUGUAAUGGACUGUCUGUCCUACAUAUUCUUGCUUCUGUAAAACCUGAAAGUAACAAUGUUUUUUUCUGUGAAAAUAUGCACAAGACACUCCUGGAGCGCUUGGUCUCAUCUGGAGCUGACGUCAGCGCACGCGACCCAGAAGGCAACACGCCGAUACAAGUGGCUGCGAAGCACGGGAACAUGGACAUGGUGGAGCGGCUCUUGGAGUUUCAACACAACGUCAACGAGACUGACAGCGAGGGCUUCACCUUGUUGUCGAGAAUCGCUCAGAGCUUGUCUCCCAGAUGUAAGGACAUCGCCAGGCGACUGUUGGAGAAAGGUGCUGACGUCAACAGGACGUCAUCAGAAGGCAAGUCACCGUUAGCACUGUCGAUGAUAGCAAGUAACUGGACCGUAGCAUCGGUAUUGCUGAAUUUCAUUUCUAGUAAAAAUAUUAAUACUGCAUUCAAGGAGUAUCAUUUAAAUUUGCAUCAUCUUCUAGAAGAGGAGUGUCCAUCAAAUCUUAUUUUACUUUUCUACAAAAACACCACCGUACUGCAGACACGUCUGAAUGGAAAAUCAGUCUUACAGCUUGCAAUCACAAAGAGAAGAUGGGACCUGGUGGUACGAUUCCUAGCUAAAGGUGAGUUCACUGACUUUGAAGCGCUGGCAGGAAGCUGGGUUUUUCAUGUUCUAGCAGAAUGUGCCUCACAUACCUACGAUAAAAAGCUUAUCCUCAGUCUCAUGCCGAGCGAUAAACUUAACAUCAACUUGCGUGAUGACAAUGGCAACACGCCUCUUCAUAUCCUGGCCAAUUCAAACAAAUGGAAGUGGAUCAAACGAUUUGUUGAGCAUGGAGCAGACGUGAACAUGCCUGACAGCGAUGGGUGGACUGUACUUCAUAAACUAGCCAUCAGUAGCUAUUGGGAUGAUCUGUCUCCUUUUGUAGACACAUUAGUGGAAUGCGGUGCCGAUAUACUCACGGCUGGACCGGGAAAUAAGACAGCUGUGAUGUUAGCACUAGAGAAAAGGAACUGGUCUGUUUUUUGGCAACUCAUACAGUUAGGAGCCUGUUACGACUGGGCUCAAGCUGAUAAAUUUUUACUUCUGAAAAAACUGUACCUUUUUCCCAAAAGAAAUGUUCAAUGUGAAAAACUGUGCGGAAUCAUUAAUUUCCUUGCACACUCAUGUUUAAAUUUAUCUCCUGCUGUCCCAAGUGUACUUCAAUCACAAAAAUGUUUUGAGAAAUGCUUCAGAUCUUCUGAGUCGACAGCAGCCAAACGACAGUGUGGAUCGGAUAAUCUCGAAAGAUUACAGAGUUGUUUUGAAAAAUGUGUGAGGUGUUCUAAUUGGACAGUGGCAAAUCUGCUUCUUGAAUCUGGACCCGACAUCGACAUUAAGAGGCUGAUAGGUGGAAGACCACUGAUACAUGUACUGGUUUCUUUGUACAAGGAGCACGAUCACGAGACCUGGCUGUCUUUGCUGACUGCUCUGCUUCGCCGUGGACUGGAUAUCAGCAGUCGAGAUGAUUGCGGUAGAACAGUGUUGAUGAAACACAGAGUUUUGUCGAGCUUUACAGAGUUGAAGACGAACCCAAAAGCACUUUGCAGAGUCUUGCUGGAGAAGGGAGUCAAUCCUUCGGUGGUGGACAAUAUGGGAAAUUCUUCUCUUAUACACAUCCUGAAGUAUUGUCAAAUGAGAGAAAUGAACGAUAGAAAUGUUUUGAGAAUAGUCAAAGGGUGUCUAGAGGUCGGUCUGCUGUCUUGUAGGCCCCAGAUUGAGGGCGGUGUACCUCAUUUACUUUACAUUGAACAGCUGAAGUAUGCGAUCAGCGAAAUGGAACCACCUGUUCUCAAAAUCCUGAUUGAAUGUGGCGCCUUGUCCAACUCCGUUCUGUUUGUACUCAACACAGAAUAUCAAGUGGAAAACAUGCAGGACUCAGAAAGUGAUACAGACGAUUCGGAGGCAGAAGAUGUCCAAGAGAUUAUAAAGCGGGCGGCCUCUUCUCAGCCCCGAUCUCUGGAAUAUUUGUGUCGUCUCGCUGUAUCUCGUUCUCUACCGUACAGAGUGACCAGAAGUGACCUUGUCAAACCCCUCUUAAUUCCGACUGUUUUAAAAGACUACCUGUCAUUCAGUGAUGAGCUGUCAAACCUUCACUCCGACACAGAAGACGAGGAAUGGGAUUCAUGGUUCUUUGAUUCAGACGAGUUUGACACAGAUGAUGGUAUUUUUGAAGAAGAUGAUGACGGUGAUGACGAUGAUAACGAUGAUGACGACGACGACGACGACGACGACGACGACGACGAGGAGGUGGAGGUAACGAAAGAAGAGUCUGAAGAAGAAAAUGGAAAUAUAGUGCCGGAUGAGACUGACAAUGAAUACCAUAUCAAAAAUGUCAUUCUUUUUCGCUGCCAUUAUCAGUUCAAACUGUUUAGAGAGAGCCUCAAGAGAGCCUUAAAGACAUUUUUGUCUGCUCUAACUCUUGCAAUGACUUCAUUCUUGUUGUACUCAAGGGUUGUCAAUGAGAUGUCUCUCAGUCCUACACACAGGCUCGUCAUGUGUCCUGACAGCAGGUUCGACUCUCUUCUUCCAGUUCUUCUGGAAAAUGGCGCCGAUGUUACCCUCAAGACCUGUAAGGGAGAUACAACACUGCACCUAGCUGCUACACAUCAAAAUACUGUGCGUGACAGAAACGACAAGAUGGAGUGCACAGACAUAAAAUCAAAGAUAAUGAAUGAAUAUCACACCAAACGGGCAGAAGCUAAACUCCAGGCGCUGACAUUGCUGCUUACAUCUGCUAAAACACUAGAUGACUGUGACAGUAAAGGAAACACGGCUGCGAUUCUGGCCGCAAAGAACAGGAACUGGGAAUUCUUCAAACUGCUGCUGGAACAUGGCGCACGUGCUGAUGUUGUGGGCGAGUGUCAGAGAUCCUUGCUGCAUGUUCUUGUUCUGACAGGAUCCUCCAUGGAUCCCGUGACAUAUAAAACUCUUGUCACAUUGUGUGUCAGCAGUGGGGCUAUAAUCAACGCUAGAGAUGCUGACGGAUGCACGGCCAUGCACCUUGCUGCGUGUUCUAACAAGUGGACUUUGUUUCGAAUUCUAGCAGAUCUCGGAGCAGACACGAGGCUUACAGAUGCUGAUGGUUAUAACGUGUUACACAGACUGGCCAUGACCUCAAGCGAACAGGCAGAAAACGUCUGCCAGCUUUUUCAUUUUCUACAUCAACAAGGUGCAGAUCUGAAUGCUCAAUGCUCUGCAGGUAACACUGUUUUGCACCUGGCUUCAGUUUCUAACAAUGUGGCCCUCGUCAAAUGUCUCAUCCAUCUUGGCGCUAGUAUACACGAUCUUAGCAGUGAGGGCUACGCAGUUCUACAUCUUCUUGCAGUAACUCAAAAUCAGUCAACCGGCAAAGCUACGGGGUCCGAUGUGUUAUCUGUCAUUGAUCUCCUUCUACAGAAGGGAGCGGACCGAGAGAUUCGUUGUUCUAGUGGCGACACGGCGCUCCAACUGGCAGCGAGACAUCACAACUGGACAGUGGUCAAACACUUGCUUCGGCGAGGAGCCAUGAUCCACGAGGUUGACAGCGAAGGAGUCACCUUUAUGGAAAGAUUUAUUCAGAGCAGCACGGAGUGCACCGAGGAACAAUCCAUUUUCCUUCUUCAACAUUCUGCAGUCACAAAUGCACGGAGUCGCCAUGGUGAUUCAGUUCUGCAACUUGCCGCCAAACACGAGAAAUGGACCGUCGCUGAUCACAUUCUGAGACACAAGGGAGGCGAUCAGAACGAGAGAGACAGCGAGGGCUUCACUCUUCUUCAAAGAAUAGCCAUUACCCUCGGCAAAACAUUUCCAGGAUGGCUGUCCUCGUAUGUUAUGCAUGCUUUGGUUACAUCGGACAUCUUGAGAAAUUAUGAACUAAGAUUUCUUGUCCAGAUGGCUGACAGAGCACAUACUGUCGAGGUUUUAUAUCUGCUCUUGAAUAUUUUCAGUGACGUUAACAUGACAGAUUGGGAGGGAUUUACACUGUUGCACAGAGUAACCCAGUUCAUUGUCCCAAACACUGUUGCUAUAAUAAGAUGUCUUGUGGAAAGAGGAGCCUAUUUAGAAAGGCCUUGUCCUAAUGGCAACACCGCUGUUCAUCUCGCAGCUAAGAGCAACAAUUGGCUGGCUGUCCACCAACUCCUGCAGUGCGGCGCUAGUGCGACUGCUCUUGACAGUGAAGGCUACUCAGUUCUACACAGACUUCUACAGCAACCGAAUAUAAGAUGUAACCAGUGCAGACAAGGCCCUGUUGUUAAAAAGCCUGUCGCUCUACUGGUUCUCCUGUUGUAUAGAGGUGCCUUGAGUAAUCAGAGAGAUCCCAAUGGCAACACCCCACUUCAUCUAGCAGUCAAGCAUGAACACUGGGACAUGGCAAUAGAACUGUUGGCUAGAGGAGCCUUGUUGGUGGAAAGAGACUUGAAAGGACAUACUAUCAUGCACGUUCUUGCCAGUCGUCAUCAAGAGGAUGUGAACAGUCCUGUGAGCUUAGCAUCACAAGUGCAGACUAUAAAUAGCGAUGUCGACAGAACAAUGUCUAGAGAGACCUGUGUGACUUGCAGCAUAGGCGAUGAUCAAGAAGGAACAUUUAAUUUUUUCUCUUCUGACCUUAUGAAAAAGAACUUUAAUCAUCUUGACAUGUGUGGCCUUUUCGUCGCCCACAAAAAGCUGAUUGAUGCUCUCGAUCCUCAGGGUAAUACCGCGCUGAUGUUAUCGGCGAAUCACAACAACUGGGAUGUCACACAACAGCUUCUAAUCCAGGGUGCGAAGCCUGACUUAUUAAAUAAAGACGGUUUGACUUUGUUGCACAUUUUAGCUUCUGUUAAUUCUUCGUCCGAGAACAUCUUGAGCAAGGACAUACGAAAGGACAUUUUAGAACGUAUCAUCACCUAUGGAGUUGUCGUCAGGGCACGUGACCCAGAAGGCAACACGCCGAUACAAGUGGCUGCGAAGCACGGGAACAUGGACAUGGUGGAGCGGCUCUUGGAGUUUCAACACAACGUCAACGAGACUGACAGCGAGGGCUUCACCUUGUUGUCGAGAGUCGCUCACACCUCGUCUCCCAGAUGUGAGCACAUCGCCAUACGUCUGCUAGAGAAAGGCGCGGACGUCAACAUAACAUGUUCUGAUGGCAAGACACCGAUAACACUGUCAGUUACGUCCAGGAACUGGAGCUUUUUAUCGUCGGUGUGUUUUUUUUCUAGGAGAAAUAUAAGUAAUAUUUCUAAGCAGGAUCCUCUAGUUCUACAUCAUCUUCUUGAAAGCUGCAAUGAUGAUGAAGAUAAUGAAGAUCUGUUACGUUGCAUUAUACUACGCGAAGAUGACAUAAUCACUCGGAAAAGUGAGAAUGGAAUGUCGGCUAUACAACUUGCAUUCAAGGAGACAUGCUGGACAGCUAUUCCAAAUUUUCUUGAAUAUGGAGCAGAAACCGACCCAGAGCCUUUGCUGGGAGAAUCCGUAUUCCAUGGCUUAGUCGAGUGUGUGCUCUGCUUGGAACCAGAAGAAUUAAUUGACGUAGACUUUAUUUCAAAUAUGAUGCCGACACAAAUAUUGAAUAUUAAUUUACGCAACGAUGAUGGAGACACUCCUUUGAACGCUUUGUCAAGGUUCAGGCGGUGGGAGUGUGUUAAACUGCUUCUUGAGCAUGGAGCGGAUGUCAGUUUGCCUGACAGUGAUGGUUGGACAUUAUUUCAUAGACUAGCAAUGGCAGAUGAAUGGUAUGGAUCUGAAGUCUGUCCUUCUCUGUUUUUGGCUGCUCUCGCUGAAAAGGGUUCAGACAUAAACGUAACUGGACCAAAUGGAAAGACACCUAUAAUGAUAGCACUAGAGGAAAAGCACUGGCCUAUUUUUUGGCACCUGGUACAGCUAGGAGCUAAAUUAGACUGGGGUAGAUGUGAUGAACACUUGAUCCUUGAAAACAUAUUUCGCCUUCCAACAAGACACAUUCAGGAAGAAAAACUUACUCCAGUUGCAAGGAUCCUGAUAAAAGACUGCUCAAAACCAAUGUAUACUGAAACUAGCAAUUGCUUUUGCGUUGUACAGCGGUCCUUUGAAAGAUGCAUACUGUUUUCCAAGUGGGCAACUGCCAAGAUAUUGCUUGAAUGCGGUGCUGAUGUUAACAUCAAAAGGCUGCUGGAUGGCAAAACGCAAUUACUUCACACCAUGGCUUCUCUCUACCGCAAGGAAGACCACCGCAUAUGGAUAUCCCUUCUAGAUGACCUGCUUUCUCGUGGACUUGACAUCAACUGUCGCAACAGCAAAGGGAAAACAAUAUUGAUGAAAAGAAAUGUCAUACACAGCCUCGUUGAGUCGAAUGAGACCGUAGGUGUAUUGUUUAAAACACUUCUAGAAAAGGGGUGCAAUCCUCUGUUAGUUGACAACAUGGGAAAUAGUUUUCUUUUUAAUGCUUUGGACUUUGGUGAUACAUCAAGCAUACUUACCUCCCUCAUCCAGCUUGGAGUGAUUUUUCACCUGCCUCGGCUUGGUUUGCAGCAACCAUGCUUGUCGUUAAUGUCGCCAAUGAAAAAAGCGAUCAAGAAAGGAAAUAUUUCUGUUCUAAAGAUCCUGAUUGAAUGCGGCACCAGUCCCUACUCAGAACUGUUCUCUCUCAAUACUGAAUACCACAAUGAAAAUGCGGUGGUUAUAGUCACUAAUCCACAGGUACAACAAAUGUCUCAAGUUCUCGAUGAGGCGACCACUCAGCCCAGAUCUCUGGAAUCCCUGUGUCGUCUCACGGUGUCUCGUUGCUUACCGUACAGCCUGAACAGAAAAGACAUGGUGAUGUCCCUCCCCAUUCCCCCUGUGCUCAAAGACUAUCUGAUGUUCCCUGAGGUCUUGUCUCAAGCUGUGAGCAGGGAAGGGGAGGAGCGGAGAAAUGUGUGGGCGUCACGCUUCAGUGAUCUCUAUUUUUCUUCAGAUGACGAUGUACCACCUGGGUAUUACUACAAUUCAGACUCAUAUGAUGACUGGGAAUAAUGCUUGGGUAUUUUUGAGGUUUCUUAAAAAAUUCUGUAAAUUUUGACGAAGCAGCAAACCUUUCGACGAAUAAUGUGUUUGACUCUGUUACUUGAUAUGGAUGGUCAUUACACUGUGGAUAAGGUGGUGGAUGUCAUUGGUUGACAGUGUGGUGAACAUUAGAGUGGACACAAGGUUUCAUAUCAUUUCAUGACAAUUGUUAUAUCUAAAGCACCGCAACGAAGCGCAGGUCAAAAUGUUCCACACAAACGGCACAUUUUCAUAUUUCCUAUUUUGUAAUGAUAAUGUUCAUACUUCAGUGUUACCAGAUGUCGUCCAUUUCUGGUUGUUACAUGAAAAUAUUCAUACUUUGAUAUUACACAAAAAUUUCAUACUUUCUUGUUAUACGAUCAUGUUCAUAUUAAAUGUUAAAUGCCAGUUUGUAUGUCUGGUUCUAUACAAUAUUGUUCCUCCAGUAAUAUUUUACGAGCUUGCUCUUAUACAAUAAUGUUCAUAAUUUAACAUGACAAUUCUUACAAGUUGCUGCCUCAUAAUAAUUUAAUAAUUGCCCACCGCUGAUAUGUGAUUUAGUUUUUUACUAAUGAGAGACCUUCUCUAUCCGUAGAUAGUUUAAGUUUUUGUGAGCUCAUGAUACUUUUCUUGAACACUUGUUGUUUCUGCGGCUCAGACAAAGGCACCUGA